UUUGGCGGGAGCCGCACUCCAGCCAGUUCUCUGUCAGAGAACAUUGUGAUUAGUGCACGAUGUAGUGUUCGGUUAUCACUACUAGUUUCUUAUCAGUUGUGCCGUGUUGAUAUCAAUGGUUGUGCGUCUGACAUCCAAUGAAGCCACUGGUGGAGGUGAUGCAAGAAGCAACGGAAGUGUUACAAAACCGAAGUGAAAGUUGUUGAAGUGAUAGCUACGUGCUAAAUUAAUGAACCUGACUGUAAACAAAUUAAUGAUAAAAAUAUGCCACACGUGGGAAACCUGUGUUGUACAAAUCUGAUGUUUUCACGGUUAUGAUGUGAACGUUUGUGAAACAUUGCAAGAGUUCGAGCUUUAUUUUAAACACUUCUGAUCCCAAGGCUCCAGUUGUUAAACUUUGAUGUGUGAUUGUUGCUAAAACAUUACUUUUUUACUUAUUUAUGUUAGAACGUUUUAAAAUUUGUGUGUUCAGCGUUCAAGGUACUGUAUAUCGAUCAGAGAGCCUUGUUGAUUCCUUUGACUGCAAUACAAUACACUUUUGAAAUCGGGUUGUUGGAACAGUGCUCUUUUACUCCGAAGACGGUUUUAUAACCAUUUCAACACAUAUUCAAAUUUCUUAUGAUUAAUCUUAGACUUUUGAGUUAUAUUUGUUGUUGAAACAAUUUUCAUCCACGUUGAAGACAGUUCCAUAUUUACUUUUAAAACACUCGAAUUUUAUAUUCGAAAAAUGUGCGUUCAAAUUCAAACCGUCACAACUCUGCACAAAUAUAAAUGGACUGUGGUAUCGCGUUGAUUUGGACGUUGGUGAAGUGAUGUGACCAUGUCGUCAGUGGACUUUGACGACGUCUUGGUCCAGAUUGGAGAGAGAGGCAGGUAUCAACAUGUGAUGUAUUAUCUGCUAUGUAUCCCAGCGACUCUGCCUGCUGCCUUCCUAGCCUUCAGUCAGGUGUUCGUGUCUGCAACGCCGGACCACUGGUGCCGAAUCCCGUCCCUAGAACACUUCAUCUUCGGAGGGCUGCCGUUAUCGCCAGAGCAACAGAGGUUCGUCGGAGUUCCCUCACAGGUUCUGGAGGAUGGGUCCAGGAAGUAUGACCAUUGCCUCGUGUACGAUGUCAACCUCACCGACUGGUUGUCUCUUCACAACGGCUCCUACCUGCCUCCCCCUGACCCGCAGUGGCCCACGGUCAAGUGUCCGCAUGGCUGGAACUACGACCACAGGGACUAUGACAGCACUCUUGUGACAGAGCUAGAUCUAGUCUGUGACAAGAGCUGGUGGGUUUCCACAUCAACUACAUUUUUCUACGUCGGCUCACUUUUGGGAAACGUCGUUUUUGGAUGGAUAGCAGACAGAUGGGGCCGUCGCAAGGCUUUCUUGUCCAUCCUGUUCCUGAUGGUGUUCUCAUCCAUUGCUACAUCGUUCUCACCCAAUUAUCUCGUCUACACAAUUUUAAGAACAGUCAACGGACUCUUCUUUCCAGCCAUCUUCCAGAUCCCCUUCAUUCUUGCACUAGAGAUGAUGGGCCCCAGGUACCGCACAUUCGCUGGGAUGGUCAUAUGCAUGUUCUUUGCCAUGGCGAUGUCUCUACUAGCUUUACUUGGGUACUUCCUACGCCACUGGUUCACUCUAUCGCUCGCCACAUCUGUACCAUUCUUACUGCUUUUCAGUUAUUACUGGAUCACUCCGGAAUCUCCUCGAUGGUUGCUGAGCAAAAAUCGAAUCGAUGAAGCAGAAGUCAUUGUUCAGAAAAUGGCCAAGAUGAAUAAAAAACCUGUUCCUCCUAACUUUUUGAGGACAUUGCAGGUAGAGAGUGAGCGUUUGGCAGAGCAUAAGCCUUCAAAGCCAACCUCUGACUUCACAACUCCAAUGGACAUUUUGAGACAUCCGAACAUACGCACAAAGUUCUUCAUCCUCUCGUUUGAUUGGGUGGCUAACGCUGUUGUCUACAAUGGCCUCUCGUACAAUGCUACCAACCUGGGCGUAAGCGACUAUCUCGCUUUUUUCAUAGGAGGAGCCAUAGAGAUCCCCAGCUAUGUGUUGACAUGGUGGGCUAUGGACUAUUACGGUCGCAGACUUGUUCUGUGUCUCUCAAUGCUGCUUGGAGGAGUAGCCUGUGUUUCAUGUUUAUUUGUACCUGAAAAGGCUGUGUGGGUCACAGUCUCUCUGGCGAUGGUGGGCAAGUUUGGCAAUGCGGCCGCCUUCGCAGUGUUCUACGUCUUUGUUGGGGAGUUACUUCCCACUGUACUCCGCAGUCAAGCUAUGGGCAUCGGAAGUUUUAUUGCUGGCAUUGGACUGCUCAGCUUCCCUCACAUUGUCAACUUGGCGAGGUACAGCAGAGUUAUGCCCCUGAUUGUGAUGGGCACUUUGUCCUUAGCUGGGGCUGCAGUGUCUGUCUUCCUACCUGAGACACUUCACAUUCAUCUGCCCCAAACUAUUGCUGAAGGCGAGGCUUUAAAAGCCACGUUCAGCUUGUGCUCUAUAACGUCCAAGCGCAGACGCAGGAGACCCCCAGAUGCACCUGAAGACCACUCUAACUCCAAGCUGCCCAACGGAGCCCCCGCCACGGACAAUGAACUUCUAGAAAUUGUGUCUCCCAUCCAAGUCAUCAUCACAGACUUUGACGCAGAGAACUCACUUGAGCUUGAGACCAAGCAAUAAUGCACUUAGUGAUAGUCGUAAUAAAUGCCACUUUUUACAAAAUCUGACUGGUCAUUGCCCUUUACAAGAAUGUGCUUGAUAUGGUUUCAAUAACUCCCACUGGAGAAUAAGGCUUCAACAACUGUCUUCAACCCCCGUUACAGCAGUAAAAUCUGCACUUCUUUCUUUCCAACUCCUUCCAAUCUAUCUAGCUUCUCUUUCAACACUUUGCUUCAAACUCUCCCUUUGCCUUUAUCUUCUUUCACCUUGCAGGCUCCUCCAGUCCU